GAAAUAUCGACUAUGGCAAUUCAAAAAUAUUUAGAUAUAGCCAAAUAUAUGUGGCGAAUGGCAUUGAUAUUGAUUUAUGAAUUUACUACUAAUUACUUUGAUUGGCGCCGACGUGUGACCAGUGAUAAGAACCUUAAUGGUCAGGUAGUUGUGAUUACCGGCGCCAACACUGGUAUCGGUAAAGCGACUGCACAUCAGCUAACGCUAAGGGAUGCAACGGUAUACAUCGGGUGUCGGGACCAGAAGAAAGGCGAAGCGGCCGUCAAAGACAUCCUAUCAUUGAAUCCAAAGGCAAAUAUAAAACUACUUUCGCUGGACUUGUCUUCACUCACAUCUGUCCGCAAAUGUGCGGAAGAGUUGUCGGGUUUGGAGACAAAAGUCGAUAUACUUAUCAAUAACGCCGGACUCGGCGGGUGUCCGGAGUCGCAGACAGAGGACGGUUUUGAGAUGCAAAUUGGCACUAAUCACCUAGGUCAUUUCUUAUUUACACUUCAUUUGAUACCAUUGCUAAAGAAAGCACCGGCGGGUCGUAUAGUGAACGUGUCGUCGGAGGGACAUAAUUUUGGCAAAAUUCACCUUGAUAAUAUAAAUCUGCGAAACGGCGAAUACAAUAAUAUUUUAGCGUACGGACAGAGCAAACUCGCAAAUGUGUUGUUCAGCCGCGAAUUGGCCAAAAGGCUACGCCAUUCAAACAUCAACACAUAUUGCGUUCACCCUGGUUCAAUUCAUACUGAAUUCAACCGACAUAUGGAUAAAUCCACGUCUAAGGAGGGGGUGAGGGCCGCCAUUAUGGGGUGGUUUAACCAUAAUCUUUUACUGACACCAUUGAUGGGCUCUCAGACUACACUCUACUGCGCUCUCGAAGACGAGAUCGCUGAUGAGACCGGAUAUUAUUACAACAACUGUCGUCGUGUGGAUCAUAUGAUACCCGAAGCCAAUGACGAUAGAACUGCUAAAAGUCUUUGGGUAUUGAGUUGUGAUUUGGUUAAACUCGAGGAUCAUCUCCGGAUUUAA